AUGGCUUGUGGCCGGGGCAGCGGUGCCUUCGAAGUUGCGAUUUAUGGAAAGAACUUGAAUCCAUCACGAUUUUACUUUGCGGUCGUGUCCGUCUGCAACAUUUUCCAUGCCAGUGGUGUUCACUUUUCAUCGAUCCUUUCUGAAGCGGGGCGUGUAUUGUUCAUCGUCCAAAAAGAAAGCUACGACAUUUGGCAACGUUUGGGAAUUAUGACCGGCUGUGUGUUGCUCAUUAUGUGGUCUGCUAUGUUCAAGAAAGAAAGUAAACGCGCCAAAGGAAUCAUCAAGCUGCGAAAUUUUUCCGGGCUCAUGAAGUGUUGGGAAACAUAUAGCGGAAAUUUUUAUUCCCCCGUUUUUAUCGUCGCUUUUGGAGGGUUAACACUACAGGUUGUUUGCCAUCGCCGUGCAAUUGCUUGCUUGGACGAGAAAUGGCCAAGCGCACAAAAGCGGAAGCGAUGGAAU